AUGACGGUAGCCAAUGGUGGCACCUUUCACAUGAGUAACCACAAUUCUUCCCAAACCUCUUCGCUGGUGCACAAGCUAAUGAACGAAUUUGCUGUUCAUCAGCUAGAUCACAUCAGGUUGGUCAAAUUUUGUGUUUUUGUUUCUUACUUUUCCCUCUUCUUCCUUGGGUGCAGUGUGCUGUCCCAGUUCUUGAAAACCCGAGCUGUUGCAAGGCCACGCAUGAACGUUGGAAGGCAAGCUUUCUCUGGAAUCCUCCAGGCGGCGAUUGGCCAGAAACUUCCACCCGAAUUCGAUGCGUUUGGAAGCCCCGAGAGAGUUCUUUUGGCAUCUUUUGUCAUGUCCCCUAUGGCACCUUCGCUUGCUGAGGCGAUUCUUCCCCAGCUGGAAAACGAGGCUUCAAAGGCGAUCGUGGCAGGAAUGCUGAGAGCUCUGACGAGUGAGGACGCGGCCGUGAGAACGAUUCUAAUUUCAAUGAGCGAGAACAAAGUCGUUCCAUUUCCAAUGACAGUGGGCGCAUUCUCCAGCAAGAUCACGGAGCUGCGCCAGCUUUUGGCUCUCCUGAGCGAUGAGUGUGCCGGAAAGCCGUUCGCUUCACCCUCUUUGAGCCAAGACAACUCGAUGGUGGUGGAGCCAGUGAAGAUGGUUGCAAGACAGGGUACGAUGGGCGUGUUUAAUGUGCUUGGUAACCUCGGAAUCCUAGCUUAG